AAGCCUCCGUACUCUUACGCGACGCUGAUUCGCUACGCGAUCCAGAACAGUCCGUCCAGGAAACUGACGCUAAGCCAAAUAUACCAGUGGGUAAUGGAACGUUAUCCUUACUACAGCACUGCCGGCACCGGAUGGAAGAAUUCGAUACGCCACAACUUGUCGCUCAACAAGAGUUUCGUGAGGGUGCCCCGACCGGUCAAUGAGCCAGGGAAGGGAUCGUAUUGGAUGGUUGAU